AUGCAUGAGUUUAAGACUCCAAAUAUUCCAAAGAUUAACAAAUAUUAUGAUAAUGAUGAAGAUAAUGACCUGAAUCCUUUGGAUAUCCCAUUAAAAAGUCUUAAAAUCACAAAACAUUUAUCUAAAGAAAAUCCAAUGGAAUUGCAGACUGACAAUGAUAUUACUAUACAAUUUCCUGAUGAUGUUUUGGAUGAUGGAAUAGCUCAUGAUAAUAAAAGUCUUGCUAAAAUUGAGAAACAAAAUAGUUAUGCUGAAACUGACCAUCAUCUAACUAAAUGCAUCUCAAGCCAUAGUGGAUAUUAUAAACAAAUACUAAAUAAUAACAUAGAAGUAGAUUUAGGGACUCUAGAUAAUGGAUAUGAAGAAUUAAAUGAACAAUUUUACAACAACACAUAUAUAACACAAGAUGAUAACAAGAAUCAAAAUAACAAUAAAAUAACAAAUGUAAGUUUUCAAGAAAAAGACUCAGAACUAUACCAUAUGAUUUAUACACCAGAUAAACCUAACAUAACUGAAGAUUUGUGCUUUCAAUUCCCUGAUGAUAUAAACAAUACAUCUUUGCUUAAUAAAAAUAAUAUAAACAAACAGAACUUAGAAAAUAAUUCGGUGACAAACUCAGAUUCAGCUUCAGAUUCAGUUUCAGAUUCAGAUUCAGAUAAUUGGGAUACAGUACCUGCUGUAGCUUCAUAUAACAUCUACAAUAGUAAAGGGGAGUUGGAAUUGAAAAAGUAUUCGGAAAAUGAUAUGAGAUAUAAAAAUCAAACCUCAUCGGAAAAUAAUGCAGGUCCACAGAAUAAUCUGGAACACAAAAAUACUUUUGAAUAUACUAAAGUUACUGCAGAACAACAAGCACAAAGAUCAUAUACCACCAAUAAAAAAACUGAUUUCUUAUUUCAACAUAAAAAGAUUCUAAAAAAUUUGCAAAAUAAUUAUAAUAAUACUGAGGAUAGUAUUAAUUUUAAUCUUUCACAACAAUCUCUUAUAAAUUCUGCUUCAACUUUAUCAUUACCGCACGAUACAGAAGAAUAUUAUGAUGAAUAUGAAGAUGAUGCAGAAAAGACUGAUGAGUUGAACUUAAGUUCACAAUUAAAUAUUACCAACUUACUUUUAACUGACAUGGAAAAGAUUGCUUAUGCAGGUGCUAUCAACAUUCUAACUAAUAAGAUGUGUGAAGACCUUGCUACGCUUUGCCUGUGUGUGGAUAUUGUAGCAAAUAAAAAAUUAGCGUCACGGUUAAACUUUUCACAAAAAGAUAUGGCUUCGUGGAAAUUGGUAGUUUUACAACGACUAUACACACAUCUAAACAUUAAUGAAGAAGAAAUCAAAAUGAUUGAGAACCUAUCAUUACAUAAAAUAGAGUUAAGUGAUAUCUUGAAGUGUUUAAAGACCUCAAGAGACAUAGGUAAUCCUUGGGAAAAUUCACCUCAUUCACAAAAAUCCUCCACGUCCAGCAUAUCACAAUAUUCUCAACACUCAUCGUCAUCAAUUCCUUCCACUUCUCCCUCACCGUCAACAUCAGAAAAGGAUGAUAAAAAUUUAGCCAAGAAAGUAAUUGAUCCCGAAAUGAUUACAAACAAAACAACUUUAUCUGUAGAUAUUGCUUGGACUAUCAUAUGUGAUCUAUUCCUAGUUUUAUUACAAAACUCCACAUAUGAUGCAAGAUCUAGAACAUUACUUAUUAAAUUUGCUGAAGCCUUAGGUAUCACAGAUUUGGAAGUGUGUGAAUUUGAAAAGCGUGUAACUGAUUCCUUAGAUAUGGAACAAUCUACAGAUAAUCAGAUAUGGAAUGAAUCUGAACAUAUGAAAAAGCGUCGUGCUCAAAAAAAACGUAAAAAAAUGGCAUAUGUUGGUUUAGCUAUGGUAGGAGGAUCGCUUGUCCUUGGGUUAAGUGGGGGAUUAUUAGCACCUGUGAUCGGUGCUGGUAUUGCUGCUGGUCUUUCAACAAUAGGCAUCACUGGGGCAACUGGUUUUCUUACUGGUGUUGGUGGUACGACUGUCGUGGCUGUAUCAAGUACUGCAAUUGGUGCUAACAUUGGAGCUAGAGGUAUGUCUAAAAGAAUGGGUAGUGUUCGCACAUUCCAAUUUAUUCCGCUUCACAAUAACCGUAGAGUCAAUUUACUUAUCAGUGUAUCUGGUUGGAUUAUAGGUAAUGAGGAUGAUGUCAGGUUACCAUUCUCCACUGUAGAUCCUGUAGAAGGUGAUUUGUAUUCCUUGUAUUGGGAACCCGAAAUGUUAAAGUCUACAGGUCAAACUAUUAAUAUUGUAGCUAGCGAAGUUUUUACCCAAACUAUACAACAAGUACUAGGGGCUACUAUCUUGACUGCAUUCAUGUCGGCUAUUCAAUGGCCAAUGGCUUUGUCCAAAUUAGGUUAUAUCAUCGAUAAUCCUUGGAAUGUAUCCUUAGAUAGAGCUUGGUCUGCAGGUCUGAUAUUAGCUGAUACAUUAAUAACAAGGAAUUUAGGACAAAGACCCGUAACACUAAUUGGGUUCUCAUUGGGAUCCAGAGUAAUAUAUUCAUGUCUAAUUGAAUUAUGUAAAAAGAGAGCAUUAGGUUUGGUAGAAAAUGUGUUUAUCUUUGGUACACCAGUAGUUCGGAAAAAGGAACAAUUAGUAAUGGCACGUUCUGUAGUAAGUGGUAGAUUUGUUAAUGGUUAUUCAGAGAAAGAUUGGGUUCUUGGAUAUUUAUUUCGUGCUACUGCUGGAGGUUUUAGCAAAGUCAUGGGUAUAUCAGCUGAUAAUGAUAUUGAAGGUAUUGAGGAUUUCAACUGUACCGAAUUAGUAGAUGGGCAUAUGUCCUAUCGUAAAAAUAUGCCUAAAUUAUUAAAGAAGCUUGGUAUUGAAGUAAUUAAUGAAGAAUUUGUAGAAAUUGAAGAAACAAUGGAUCCAGAACAAGCAAAAAGGCAGAGAAAACUUAUUCGUGAAGUCGAUGCUGCUCAGAAAAAGUUAGCUCAAAAGUCUGAACAUACCAAUAGUUGGGUUCCUAAAUGGAUGAGACCAAAAAAAUCUAAGUGGAAAAAAAUGGCUGAAAAUGCUAUUGAAAAUCAAAAUUUAGAAGACAUUUCUUCAGAAAUUUCAAUAGGUGACCAAAAGAUCAAGAAGAAACCUAAAGAUGCCGCAAUUGUAGACCACAGUGCAUUGUUUAGAGAGCUAGAAAAGCUUAAAAAGGCGAUACAUGAGGAUGCAUUAAAGAAUCAAGUGAAUAAUGAAGGGGGCAGUGUACCCAAAUAUCUAAAUGAUUCUAGCAAACAUGAUAACUCAAAUGAUAUGCAUUCUGUAAAAAACCAGAAUAUUUCCAACUUAACUGCUACUUCAGAAACAAAUCAUGCUAAUAACAACUUCCAGCUGUUAGGUGCUGGUAAAACUAUUUUACCAGAAGAUAACGAAAUGAAGAAAAAUGUAAAACAUAAAGUACAUGCUACGUUUCCUGAUGAUAUAUAG